AUGGUUGGCUUUGUCGACGCUUACACGCAAGACGACUGGACCCGCGAUAUCGAGCUGGCGAUGAGUAAGGGGAUCGAUGGGUUCGCUUUGAAUUGCGACGGUCAAGACGCCAAUGCCCAACAGCUCACAUUCGCCUUCAAAGCCGCGUCAGCAUCGUCAACACCAUUCAAGCUCUUCAUCUCCCCUGAUUUCGUGCAUUACUCUACCGAGGACCAUGAACCAGUCUCCGACCUUCUCAAGUCCUGGAUCACAGAGGAUGCUUACUUCCGGUACAAUGACAAGCCUUUCGUCUCUAGCUUUUGGGGUGAAGGGACAGAUUGGGAAGCUGUCAGGACCGAUGUUGGGCAAGAUCUUUACGUGGUACCGUACUACUACGCCAGUCAGUCUGCCGCUGGGACUAAGGGCGUGGACGGUCUCUUUUCUUGGUCAGCAUGGCCCGGUGAGGGAACCGAAGAUGUUGUCAACCAGAACAUGACCACGGACAAAGACAAGGAAUAUCUCGACCUUCUUGGCCCUCUUGAUAAGACCUACAUGGCCCCUGUGUCUCCCUGGUCGUCUACGGGUUACUCGAAGAAUUACUAUCUCUACUCUGACACUCUCUGGCCUACUCGAUGGCAACAGAUCCUCUCGCUCACCAAAAGUCAUCCUGACCAGCUCAAGUUCGUCGAGAUCAUCACGUGGAAUGACUGGACCCAGUCUUCUUUGAUCUCUCCUUACAGGGGCACGGAAACGACUGAUGGUAAUGAAGCGUGGAGCAAAGAUUUCGACCAUUCUGCUUUCAUGGACAUGAUGGGCCCAUUCAUCACUGCGUUUAAAGCUGGUUCGGAAGAUGUAUCAGUCACUGAGAAUAGGCUUGUCUAUUGGUACCGGCCGAGUCUGAAGGACGCAGAGUGCGACUCUACAGACAGCGUUGGAAGCAAGCCUAGUGGCGCCGAAAUGGCAGCCGACUCUAUCUUUGUCGCUGCGAUGACCGUUGGAGCUGCUACGAUCACAGUCACGUCCGGAUCUUCGACCUCUUCGCAGAUCGUUGACAAGGCAGGCGUCCACACGUUGUCGUUCCCCAUGGAAGCAGGGGCUGUUUCGUUCGAGAUGAAGAUGGAUGACGGUGGGCGAGCGAGUGGGAAAGGAGCUAUCGAAGUGACAUCAGGGUGUUACAAUGACGUUUACAACUUCAACGUUCUUUCCGGUACUAUCACUGUGGACGAUGGUUCAACGGGAGAUUCGGCGUCUUCGUCGCCAGUGGUUUCUGAGACAACUGCCACUAGCACGGGGACUGUCAAUGAUUCUUCUCCUUCCAUCAAUGCUGUUUCUGAAGAGCCUGGUCUCGCCGCGGGGUCUUCCAGCUCGAAUAGUGCAGAUACCAUUCAGACCGCAGUGUCACGACCUAGCUGGGGAAUUACUACGUGUGACACGCAGCCGCGAGCCCUACUACCGGAGUAG